UUAUUGAUUAAACGAUUUUUGUUGUCGAUAAACACAAGGUCACAUGACCGUUCAAAGUCCACAGUUUCAGCAUGGCGGCGGCAAUGCAGAAAGUGUUUUCCCUGACAAAGUCUGGUGGCAGUUCUUGUGCCGUACGUUGUCUUGGAACAUCAGCAUCACAAUAUGCCUCAACAAAAACAGGUGCCAGCAAGAAGACGCUGGCUAGACCAGGCAUCCCCAACAUUGUGCUGGUGGACGUCGUGAGGACUCCAUUCCUACAGUCUGGGACGUCCUACAAGAACCUUAUGCCACACGACCUUGCUCGCACAGCACUCCAGGGUUUGCUGAGAAAGACAGGCAUCAGCAAAGACAUGGUUGACUACAUUGUGUACGGAACUGUGAUCCAAGAGGUGAAGACCAGUAACAUUGCACGUGAGGCAGCUCUUGGUGCUGGUUUCUCUAACAGGAUCCCUGCCCACACCGUCACCCAGGCCUGCAUCUCCUCCAACCAGGCCAUCACUACUGGGAUCGGGAUGAUCGCAUCUGGUGGGUGUGACUCGGUCGUUGCAGGUGGGGUGGAGUUCAUGUCGGAUGUUCCCAUACGCCACAGCCGCAAGAUGCGCAAGCUGAUGUUGUCUAUAAACAAGGCCAAGACUUUGCCGGCCCGGCUGCAGAUUAUCAGCCAGAUGCUGUCUGCAUCAGCUCUCACACCAGAGUUGCCAGCAGUAGCAGAAUUCUCCACUGGGGAGACCAUGGGCCACUCAGCUGACCGACUGUGUGCAGCCUUCGGGAUCACCAGACAGGAACAGGAUGAGUUCGCUGUGAGGUCACACACUUUAGCCAAGGCUGCAUCCGACAAAGGACUGCUCACUGACAAGCUGACAUACAAGGUUCCAGGUGUUUCUGCACCAGUUGACAAGGACAACGGUAUCCGUCCGUCAUCCAUCCAGGACAUGGGAAAACUUCGUGCAGCAUUUAUCAAGCCACAUGGUACAAUCACAGCAGCUAAUGCAUCAUUUCUGACAGAUGGAGCCUCUGCCUGUCUCAUCAUGUCUGAGGAGAAAGCCGAUCACACAUGCUGUCUAACUCUGCUGGGCCCAGCAUACGCUACACCAAGAAUUGUGGAGAAGGCUGGACUCACUCUCUCUGACAUCAGCGUCUUCGAGUACCAUGAAGCAUUUGCAGGGCAAAUAAUGGCAAACCUCAAGGCUCUGGACUCUGACUUCUUCUGCAAGUCGUACAUGAACAGAUCAGCGAAGUUUGGAGCCCCGCCCAUGGAGAAGCUGAACUUGUGGGGGGGCUCACUUUCCCUGGGCCAUCCGUUUGGAGCCACUGGAGUAAGGCUGGUGACAACAGCAGCCAAUCGUCUGGAGGCCGAGGAUGGACAGUACGCUGUUGUUGCAGCAUGUGCAGCAGGAGGACUGGGUCAUGCCAUGGUCGUUGAAAGGUACCCAACUAAAUAGAGUACUACAGCUUGUUUCUGUAUAUACCGCUAUGAUCCAUCAUUCAUCACUGACUGUACAGCUCCUCCACAGAUUGAGCUGUGUAAAUACUGUGAAUUCAUGCUGUUUCUACUGUUACAUUGGAUGGUCGUCGACUAUGACAUAUUUUGAUAUUUCUGCUCAGUUUUGUGGAAAGUGCUACCAGAAGAGACAUGUAUACAACACCAAUGACAUAACAAGGUGUGUACAUCAGACGGGAGACUUUGUGCUGUGUAACACAAUCAUCAGUUUGGAUAAAAGAAUUGUUGAUUUUGUUCGAGUGUAUAUUAAAGUAUUUAUACCUCUGA